GACUCUGGGUCCAGCCUGGCAGGGACCAUGCGGGGGCUAUGGGAACUGGCCUGCUUGGUCUACCUGUGGCUUCCUCAACUGCAGUCUGAGGAGUCUUCCAGCGGCCACCCUGAGCAGGUGCACCUGUCCUACCCAGGAGAUCCCACCUCCAUGACUGUCACCUGGACGACUUUUGCCCAAGCGGACUCUUUUGUGCUGUUCGGUCCGGAUCCGCAAGCGGCCUUCACCCGCUGGGCCCGAGGGCGUGCCACAAAGUUCGUGGAUGGGGGCAAGCUGCAGCGGGCCAUGUAUAUCCACAGAGUCACUUUGACCGGCCUCCUGCCAGGACACCAUUACGCCUACCGCUGUGGAAGCCCCCAGGGCUGGAGCCGCCCCUUCCAUUUCCAGGCCUUGCUGAACAGCAGCGACUGGAGCCCCCGCUUCGCCAUAUUUGGGGACAUGGGCAUGGAGAACCCCCAGUCCCUGCCUCGCUUGAAGCGCGACACUGAGAUGGGCUUGUACGACCUGAUCCUGCACGUUGGAGACUUUGCAUAUGACCUCCAUACGAACGACGCCCUUAUUGGAGAUGACUUCAUGCGGAAGAUAGAGCCUGUGGCUGCACUGGUGCCGUAUAUGACCUGCCCAGGGAACCAUGAGCAGCAAUACAACUUCUCCAACUACCGUGCCCGCUUCAGCAUGCCCGGGGGCACCGAAGGCCUCUGGUACAGCUGGGAUGUGGGCCCUGCUCACAUCAUCUCCUUUUCCACGGAGGUGUACUUCUACCUGGUGUACGGACCGCAUCUGGUGGUGGAGCAGUUCCAGUGGCUGGUGAAAGAUCUGCAGGCGGCAAGCCAGCCUGAAAGGCGCAAGGAACACCCCUGGAUCAUCACCAUGGGACACCGGCCCAUGUACUGCUCCAACAACGACCAGGACGAUUGCACCCUGCACGAGAGCAUUAUUCGUAAAGGGUUUGACCCACACAGAUAUGGCCUGGAGGACUUAUUCUAUAAAUACGGGGUCGACCUGGAGCUGUGGGCCCACGAACACUCCUAUGAGAGGCUCUGGCCUGUCUACGACUACAAGGUUUAUAACGGCAGCACUGAGGCCCCGUAUACGAAUCCUGGCGCCCCCGUCCAUAUUAUCACCGGGUCAGCCGGCUGUCGAGAGCGGCUGGACCCCUUUGUCCCAAAGCCGCGAGAAUGGAGCGCAGUGCGGAUUGAGGAUUACGGAUUCACCCGCAUGCAGGUCUUCAAUCGCACCCACCUCUGGUUGGAACAAGUGUCGGACGACCAGAACGGGACGGUGGUGGAUGGGAUUUGGCUGAUCAAGGAGCAACACGGCCCAGAAGCGUGGCACGAAUCCUCCCCGCCCCUUUCCUGA